AUGGCCACCAGGUCGAUAUCACAGCCUGCGGAUAUGGGCACCGACCCGCCCAGCAACAGCAUGACCUCUGUCAACUCUAGAUCUGUCGCCGAGCCCGAAGGAAAUGCCGGGGCGAUCGACAAGAAGCGUCAGACCGAUGAUGGCGCUGAGAAGGCUGCGGCCGAAGAAGAGCCCGUCAACUAUCCGACCGGCUUUCGUCUGACCUGCAUCAUCCUCGCCCUCGUCCUGGGUAUAUUCCUUGCCUCUCUGGACAUGACGAUCGUCGCGACCGCCAUCCCCAAGAUCACCGACGAGUUUCAGGGCCUCGACAAGGCCUCAUGGUACGGCGCCGCCUUCUUCAUGGCCAAUGGCGGCUUCCAGUCCUCUUGGGGCAAGGCCUACCGCUACUUUCCCCUCAAGUUCACCUUCCUCACGUCCGUCUUCGUCUUUGAACUGGGGAGUCUCAUCUGCGCCGUCGCCCAAGACUCGGCUACUCUCAUCGUCGGCCGCGCCAUCAACGGCCUCGGCGCAGCCGGCCUCGGCACCGGCGCGUACACCAUCAUCGCCUUUAUUGCGCCGCCGGCCAAGCGAGCCAUGUAUACUGGGUUCGUUGGUAUGUCCUUUGGCGUUGCAUGCGUUGCUGGGCCCCUGAUCGGCGGCGUCUUUGCGCAUGAGGUCUCGUGGAGGUGGUGUUUCUGGAUCAACCUGCCGAUCGGCGGCCUUGCUGCUCUGAUAAUCCUCUUCUUUUUCCAGACACCUAUAUCCGCCAAGCCCGUCUCCGCGACCUGGCGUGAAAGGCUGCUCCAGAUGGAUCCCCUCGGCAUCGCUCUCGUGAUGGGCUCUAUCGUGUGCUUCAUGCUAGCCCUCCAGCAAGGCGGCCAGACCUAUCCUUGGCGUAGUCGUCACAUUGUUGGGCUCCUCGUCGGUUUCGCCGCCCUCGCCGCCCUCUUUGGUCUCUGGGAAUGGAGACAAGGGGAGCGUUCCAUGAUCGUGCCCCGGUUGUUUGGCAAGCGCCCGGUCUUUGUCUCCUGUCUGACUGCUAUGAUCCUGCUGGGCGGCUACUAUCUCAUCAUCUACCAGCUGCCCGUCUACUUCCAGUCGGUCGGCAACGCCAGCCCUACUAUGUCGGGUGUCUACAACUUGCCUCUGAUUGUGGCCACGACGAUCUCCAUGAUCAGCUCGGGCGCUGCCAUCAGCUCGAGCGGUGGUACACUCACCCCGUACCUGCAGUCGUGCGGCGCCAUGGUGGCCACCGUUGCUGCGGGCCUGCUAUACACGCUCGAUACUGACAGCGACACUGGUCGGUGGGUUGGGUUCCAGCUGCUCGGCGGUAUUGGCUGGGGCAUCGCCUUCCAGAUCCCCAUCAUCGCCACGCAGGCCACCGUUUCUGAGACACCCGAGGACGUGGGACCUGCGACGGCCAUGGUGCUAUUCUUCCAGUGCAUCGGCGGUGCCGUUUUCGUGACCGCCGCGCAGACAGCGUUUGUCAACAAGCUCACCCAGACGCUGGCGUCGACCUUGCCUGCAGUCGACCCGGCAAAAGUCGUGACCACCGGCGCUACAGAGAUCCGAUCAGUGUUCCCGGCGGGCCAGGUCCCAGUCAUUGUUUCCUCGUACAUGGCAGGCAUCAAGGUCGCGAUUGCGAUUGCGAUCGCUGGUGCCGGGCUUGGAUUCCUCAUUACCUUGUUUACUCGGUGGGAGAAGCCCAAGCUGUCCGAGGGGCACAAAGAGUCCAUGAUCGUCGCUGCAGGUUGA